CGAUUCCUUCAAAGCUGUGGAAUCCUAUUCAUUACUAUUACUAUUAUUUUUUGAUCAUUUUUCUGGGUCUGCGCAUGUCUCUUGCUCCAUCAGGUUCCUAACUCUGGCCAACGAACUGCGCUGUGAUUAUCCUAUUCUUCCCGUACACCCGGUCGGGAGGUAUUAUUCUCACAGCAUCAUUAUCACCGCCAUCCAUCAUCUCCCUUUCCACUCCCUCUUCGCCCCCCCCAAUCGCCAUACUUCCCUGUACUUCUUCUUUUCCAUCUCACACUCACACAUUCUCUUCCUCCCCCUCCUCAUCCCCCCUUUGUGUUACUAGUGCCUAUUCUUAUUCUUAUUCUAUUACUAUUAUUAUUAUUAUUAGUAUCCUAGUUGUGUUGUUACUAUAUCUCCUUGUCCUUUUUGUGUGUGUGUGUGUGUUUAGUUGGGUUGUACUUCUCUGCUAUUAUUAUUAUUAUUGUUUGUCUUAUCUAGAACUCCUAUCUUCUCCCCGAGUGUAUCCUACAAUUUCCCUACCAAAAGUUCCCUCCUUCACAAACCAUGCCUUAUAAUACUCGUCGAAAGUCACUGUCGCUUCCGUCGCUGGGGAUUCACCUCCCUAGUGCCUCCCGCCGAUCCCCGUCGGCCUCGAAAUCGCCACACGCGACCGACGAGCAACUGCCUCCCUCCAAGAAAGUAAAGAGGUCGCACGACUCGUCUUCGCUAUCUCCAGAGCCUACCUCGGUGUCGAUAUCGACAGCGAAGGAGCAGUUGCCUGUACGUUCGGUUGGUCGGCGCGGGGCGUUUGAACAAACGCCACCCCCAUCGCCUAUCGAUGGAAGUGUCGCGCCCAAGAUCGACACGGAGGGUAUCAACGAUGAUAUUGUGGUCGGCGUGAUCGAGCAGUUGGAGAAGACAGGCAAUCGUCCGCAUCUGGUUAAAGAGCUCGCAGCCGUCCUAGUUACGCUCAAUGAAAAUGUCGCGAACUCCGCCAAUCCCGCCGCGCUCCUUUCUUCCCGGUUGAGCACAUACAUGAAGCGUCCGUGGACAGCGCUCGCACCGUGUCCUCUGGCGAAGGAGCUGAUUCCAGUUCACCCUCGCAAAGUGUAUUACUACUUGACAACACUACCUCGCCAGCCUCUGCCUGAGAACUCGGACGAUAUUAUCAUCCCGGGUGUAGAAGGAAAGAACAUCACUCCCAGUGUAUCUAGCGCUGACCUAGAUGAGGAAGACGCGUUGGCGCGGGAACGAUCGCGCCUCAGCCCAAGCCCUGAGGUGGAUCUGUCUCCCCCCGACUUCGAGGAAGAGAAUAUUGAUCUGGAUGCUCGCGAUGAUAGCGUGGCGAGACAAUGUGCGACUGAUUUUGACCAUCAGCAUGCGCGCCUCAUGCACUCGAACCGGGCCGCUUCUCCUCCGUUGGAGGGUGAUGAGAAGGAAUUCACCCAAACUGCCAGCGCCGUUCGCGAGCGGGCCUCGGAGCAAAAAGCAAACCAGCUUGGAAAGGCCAAAAGUCUCUUUUCGGCCCUUUCAGAGGGGCUGAGCGAACUGGACGAUGGGGCCAUGAGCAUCGCUGGAACUCCUGUUGAAGAUAGUCCGCUCUCGUCAAUUAAUGGGGACCGCAUGUCCGAUAGCCCGGAUGGCGACUACUUCUCGCAUGGAAGCGUUAUGGAACAGCCUUCCCUACAGGAGCAGUUGCAACAACAGCAAGACCUCGAUGAGGCAGCCGCUGUUGCGCUGUUUGGCACUUCGCCCUCCCCAUCGCUCACGUCCGUGGCCUCGUCAAUCUCGUCUGGCACGAGUGUGGCUUCGGACGACGGUUUGGAUGUCGAGGCGAACCCCGAGGGUAUGGCAAGCGCACCGCAGAUCAGUCUCCCCGAAGACCUUAUCAUCGCACCUGUCUCGGCAAUGAAGCGGUCCAUUGAUAUGCUCAACAGCGGGGUUCCGGAUCUCGAUAUGAAGAUGUCGGAUCUGGUUGAACAGGACAGUAAGAUGUCUCUGGCCCCCAGGGCCAUGGCAGACACAGAUGUCGAGAUGGUCUUCGAUUCCUGGAGAGAUUUACAGAAUCCCGAGAGUGUCGAUGUCCACGAGCUCGAUGAGAUGUUCGGAGAGAUCUGAGCAGAGGAUGCGACGUAGCUUACGCGCAUACCGCAAUCGAUAGACCUGGGAGGGGGGGCGCUUGGAUUUGCUUUUUCUCUAGACUUUGACGCCUGGUUCGGAAUUUCGUUCAUCUCCACUCUCGCCUCGUUGCUAUUAUGCCUUGGCUCUACAACCUUUCGCUCCGCCUUACCUGUCUUCCUCUUACUCUAAUCUUGUACAGCUUCAUCUGAUAAUGCUUGUUUCUGAAUUUCGUUUCACCUCUUUUGGCCAGAGAGCCUUUAUCACCUGUACAUAUAUUGUUGCUCUGUUUUGCUUUCUUUUGUUCCUUUGCAUAUCUCUCUUAUCUGUGUUACUUUAAUAUCCCCUGACUGGUUUGGGUGUACUUGUUUCGUCGUUCUAUUGCGGGGGGGUGGAUUGCCAUUUAUACUAGUCGGCGCGAUGGAAAAACAAAAGAAGGGGCCCAUGAUGUUACCAACGCCCGGAGAAACGUCUUAAGGGGUCUUUUUUUUUUAUUAAAAAAAAAGGGAAGGGAAGGGAAGCUGGAAGAUUUAUGCCUGAUGCCUUAAUGUACAUUUAGCGCCUGGUGGCUCACCAUCAUACUCUAUUAUACGACAGAAUUCUUUUGCAUCUU